AUGAAAUGGCAUCGUACUGGAAGGAGACAGAGACAACCCGAUUCAAAGGACAUGUCACCUUUUGAUCUGCAGUCAGACAAUGAAGAUCAAGACGAUGACCAAAUGGAAGCUGCUCUGCAUCAUAUAAACAAGGAAAGAUUGAUUGAUGGUGAUAGGAGAUUGGGCCAAAAUUUGAGAAAUACAUUCAAGGCAUUGCCUCCCAGUACUGGUUCUGAACCAUUAUUUAAAAGAUCAAGGCUAGAUUCCCUUUUCUUGACUGCUCCCAAGAGUUUGACACCACAUUCUUACAGACAAGUAAGGGUCAGAACAAUGUCAAAUAAAAUAUCCCGCAAGGAAGUUAUUUCUGGAAUUUGCAAAUUCUUUUACCAUGCAGGAGUUCCUCUACAAGCAACAAACUCCUUAUACUUCCAUAAGAUGCUGGAAUUGGUUGGCCAAUAUGGCCAGGGUCUGGUAGCACCUCCAAGCCAAUUAAUAUCUGGUCGGUUUCUGCAAGAGGAAAUUGCAACCAUUAAAACCUACCUGGCUGAUUAUAAGGCGUCUUGGGCAAUCACCGGGUGUUCUAUAAUGGCAGACAGUUGGAGAGACACAGAGGGUAGGAUAUUAAUAAAUUUCUUGGCUUCUGGCCCAAAUGGUGUAUACUUUGUUUCUUCAGUUGAUGCCACUGAAAUAGUUGAAGAUGCUUCGAAUUUGUUUAAGCUGCUGGACAAAGUGGUUGAAGAGAUGGGUGAGGAAAAUGUAGUUCAGGUAAUCACUCCAAUUACUCCUAGCUAUAAAGCUGCUGGAAAUAUGCUUGAAGAGAAAAGAAAGAAAUUAUUCUGGACCCCAUGUGCCACCAGUUGUAUUGAUCAAAUGCUUGAAGAUUUUUUGAAGAUAAGAAGUGUAGCGGAGUGCAUGGAGAAGGGGCAAAAAAUUACGAAGCUCAUUUACAACCAAAUUUGGUUGUUAAAUUUUCUGAAGAGUGAUUUUACACAGGGGAAGGAACUUUUGAGACUGUCUAUUACCCGAUUCGCCUCUAGCUUUGCCACCUUACAAAGUUUGCUGGACCACAGGACUGGUCUUAGAAGAAUGUUUCAAUCAAACAAAUGGAUUUCAUCUCAGUGCUCCAAAUCAUGUGAAGGAAAAGAGGUGGAAAGUAUUGUAUUAAAUGCUACAUUCUGGAAGAAGCUACAGUUUGUUAGGAAUUCAGUGGACCCAAUUAUGCAAGUUCUUCAGAAGGUUGAGACUGGUGACUGCUUGUCAAUGUCAUCUAUAUAUAAUGACAUGUACAGGGCAAAGCUUGCAAUCAAAACCAUUCAUGGUGACAAUGUACGUAAAUAUGAACCAUUUUGGAGUGUUAUAGAAAGUCAUUGGAACUCGUUGUUCUACCACCCGGUAUAUGUAGCUGCUUACUACUUAAAUCCAUCAUACAGAUAUCGACCUGAUUUUACGGCGCAUACCGAGGGGAUGCGUGGACUUAAUGAGUGCAUUGUUCGGCUGGAGCCAGACAGUGCAAGAAGGAUUUCUGCAUCUAUGCAGAUUUCUGAUUACAACUCUGCUAAAGCUGAUUUUGGAACCGAAUUGGCAAUCAGUACAAGAACUGAGCUUGAUCCAGCUGCAUGGUGGCAACAACAUGGGAUAAGUUGCUUAGAGCUGCAGCGUAUUGCUGUCCGUAUUUUGAGUCAGACGUGCUCAUCUUUUGGUUGUGAGCAUAACUGGAGUAUAUACGAUCAAUUGUACAGUUUAAGAAAUAAUCGUUUAGCUCAAAAAAGAUUGAAUGACCUCAUCUACGUUCACUACAAUCUGCGUCUUAGAGAACAACAAUUACGAAGAAGGGCUGAUAAUUCAAUCUCCCUCGACAAUAUUCUGUUAGAGCGUUUGCUAGAUGACUGGAUUGUAGAUGCCGCCGAAAAUGACAUGCUAGAAAAUGAGGAAGUCCUUUACAAUGAAAUCGAACAGGUUGAUGAAUACGAGAAUGAUAUGGUUGAUUAUGAAGGUGUAAAUGGAAAUGCAGAGACUAGGAACGGAUCAGUCGAGCUGUUAACUCUGGCUGAUGCAGAUAUAAAUCCUGCCAAUGCUGGUGUUGCCACUGAUGAUGAUGAUGAAGAUGAUGAGGAUGGCGAUAUAAACUUUUUCGAUGAUGACAUGAGUGAUUAG